UAUGCUUCUUUUAGAUAAAGAUAAACUGAAAACAACACAACUUUCAAAACCCUCUCCAGUUGUUCCCUAUAAAUAUAGAUUCUUGUUUCAAACUCUUACACACCAAAGUACCAAACUCACUCCCCCCACCCUCUCUCUCUGACUCACACACACACACAACACACUACUUCAUAUAUUUAUAUUUAUAUUCCACUUGGUUGACAUCAAAACCUUUACCAACUACUACCCAAGUGACAACAUUUGCACUAUGGAGGGAAGUCCGGUUGUUGAAGCGAAACUUUUGGUAAGCCCGCAGGGUUUAGAAAAUGAUGAUUAUUUCGUAUUGGGGAUUGACACGCCUAAUUCUUUAACGGAAAAGGAGAGAGAUGACAACUAUAGCAAUAACUAUGAACCUCUUCUCUCUUCUCGAGAAAAUGAGUCUCUGGUCGCAUUAUGCGACACAUUCUUACCAUCACUCCAAGUAUACAAAGAUCGUGUUGUCGAUGAUUCACUUGCCCAACUCUAUCGCACUUCUGCUUCGAUGAAUGGAAUACCCGAUGAAGUGGCUAAGAUGAUGUUUUUGAAGACGGAGCACCCGAAACAAUUGUUGGUUAGGUUAACCUUGUGGUUCCUAUCAACUUGGAUUGGAACAUUGAUUCUUUGUGGAAAGACAUGUUUGUCAACUCAGUUUCCAUACGUGCAAAAGUUUUCUAGAAUUUCAGCUAAAAAGAGAGAAGAGAUACUUGUCUCAUGGUCUCUCAGCUACUUUUUUCUGUUGAGGAUGCUCUUCCGUGCACUAAAAUCCGUGAUUCCAUUGGCUUAUUUCACUCAGGUAAAUGAGAAGAACGAAAACCCAUGUUGGAAAGCCAUAGACUAUUGCGGACCUGACCCUGAUUUCACUAAACAACUUCAACAUUCUAUAAACACAGAAACUUAUUUUGGGCCACUUUACAAAGGCAUUGUCCGCCUCAACAAACCCCACAACAUCAUAGCAGAAGCGCUACAAAGAUCAAGAUUAUCCAUCUCUAUUCCACGUUAUCCAACCACACAUUUCAAGAACCCUAAAGCUCCAUCAAUGGUCAUAAAAUGUGAUGCAGUAGUAGUUGGCUCUGGCUCGGGUGGCGGUGUGGUUGCAGGGGUGCUAGCUAAAUCUGGCUAUCGGGUUCUAGUACUCGAGAAAGGAAACUAUUGUGCAAGAAGUAAUCUUUCUCUUCUUGAAGGUCCAUCCAUGGAUGAUAUGUACCUUGGAAGAGGGUUGUUAGCUACAAGUAACAUGGAGGCAAUGAUACUCGCUGGUUCGACUGUGGGUGGUGGGUCGGCUAUAAACUGGUCGGCUUCGAUCAAGACACCGGUUCAUGUGCGGAACGAAUGGUCUGAAUGUUAUGAUCUAGAGUUGUUUAAGAGUAAAUUAUAUGAAGAAGCUUUGAAUGUUGUUUGUGAGAGAAUGGGUGUGCAAUCUCAAGUGAAAGAUGAAGGGUUCAAUAACAUGGUUUUAAGAAAAGGGUGUGAGGAAUUAGGGUAUCCUGUUGAUAACAUUCCAAGAAACUCAUCUCCAGAUCACUAUUGUGGGUGGUGCUGCCUUGGUUGCAAAGAUGGAAGAAAGAAAGGUACAUCGGAGACAUGGCUAGUAGACCUAAUCGAAUCCGGAAACGGUACGAUCUUACCUGGGUGUGAGGCUGUCGAGGUUAUUCAUAAUCGGAAGAAAGGUAGAGAUCGGAGCACCGCGAAAGGGGUCCUCUUUGAGUUCAUACACCAAGACGGAACAAAACAAGUUUGUUUCGCUAAAUCAAAAGUGACCAUCGUAGCAUGUGGAGCAAUGUGUACCCCACAUCUGCUUAAAAAGAGCGGCUUGAAGAACCCUAAUAUCGGUAAGAACUUGCAUAUACAUCCGGUGGUGAUGGCAUGGGGUCAUUUCCCGUCUGGAAGUUGGCCAGAAGCUGAAAAAAAGAGCUACAAGGGAGGCAUAAUGACUGCUAUGUCCACCGUGGUUGCAGACUUCAAAGGCUCUGGAUAUGGUGCCGUUAUACAAACACCGGCGCUGCACCCAGGUAUGUUUUCAGCACUGAUGCCAUGGGUUUCUGGUUCCGAUUUCAAGGCACGAAUGUCGAAAUUUUCGAGGACAGCGCACGUUUUCGCAUUGGCGAGAGAUAAAGGUUCCGGUGAAACACACUCGAAAACGUCGAUUACUUACAAAAUGGACGUCACCGAUGAAGAGAAUCUGAAGAGGGGGCUGGAGAAAUCGCUGAGAAUACUUGCAGCAGCCGGAGCAGAAGAAAUUGGAACACAUAACAACAAAGGGAAGACACUGAAUGUAAAGAAUGUGAGUUAUCAUGAGUUUGAGUGUUUUGUAAGAGAGGAAAGUUCGAGAGCGUUGAGAGACAUAUCGACACCAAUAUGUUCAGCUCAUCAAAUGGGGAGUUGUCGAAUGGGUGUCCAAGCAAAGGGGUCGGCUGUGAAUCCGACGGGGGAGACAUGGGAGGUGGAAGGAUUGUAUGUUGCGGACACGAGUGUUUUCCCGACGGCAUUGGGUGUGAAUCCAAUGAUCACUGUCCAAGCCAUUGCUUAUUGCACUGCUCAGUCUGUUCUUGAAUCUCUUAGAAGAAUGAAGGACACCUGCUAUGAUAUAUAGUUGGCAAUAUACCAUUUGACAUUGUUGGUCAAACAUUGUAAUAACAUCAUUUGAUAAUUUAAUAAGAUACAUAGAAAAAACUUGGUUAUAUAUGACAAGUGUUCACUAUAUUGUUUCUGUGAUUUUGUACCAUUUACACUAUGUAAUAUACUAUAUUAUCAACACUUUAUAUAAGACCCCAGAACUAGAUAUGCAGAUUAGAUAAAACAAAACAGUUUUCCUGAU